AUUAUGACGUAAAACCCUUAUGACGUCAUGAAUAAUGGUGUUCAGGUUGCAAAAACAACAUGUUAUGGUGUGUUGGUGCAUCUAGAUGAUAGAGCGAUAAACAGAUGGUGACAAGAAUAUGCCAGUCGACAAUCUCGACGAGUCCAGGAAUGACCUCUCACAAGCCGCCAAAUAUCAGAUCCUUGAGGAACAGGGCUUCACUGUAGGAAGAACCAUAGGCAGCGGAUCGUACGCCUGUGUCAAAAUCGCCUAUGAUAAUAACAAAAAAAUGAAAGUGGCCAUAAAAAUCAUUUCGAAGAAAAAAGCGCCACAGGAAUUCAUCGUCAAGUUUCUCCCACGAGAAAUCGAUAUAGUGCGCAAUUUAAAUCACGUGAAUCUCAUCGAGUUCUAUCAAGCGAUCGAGACGACGAGUCGAUACUUUCUGGUCAUGGAGCUGUCAGAAAAUGGAGAUCUGUUGGACCAUCUCCGCAAACGCAAGUAUGUGGACGAGGCGCAGGCGGGACAGUGGUUCAGCAAUCUGGUGGACGGCAUGGAAUACAUGCACAGCAAAGGAGUGGCCCACCGCGACCUCAAGUGCGAGAAUGUUCUCAUAACUAGUUCCAAUGUUCUCAAGGUGGCCGAUUUCGGGUUCGCGCGGAUCGUGAGGAAGCAGAGAGGAAAUGACGUAAUGAUGAGCGAGACGUACUGCGGCAGCUUCGCCUACGCGGCUCCGGAGAUCCUCAAAGGAACCCCGUACGACGCCUUCCUGUCAGACGUGUGGAGCAUGGGGGUCGUUCUGUUCACGAUGGUUUUCGGUAAAUUGCCCUUCGAUGACUCGAAUCAUGCAAAGUUGCUGAAGAUGGUCCAGUCUAGGGUGGUGUUUCCAGCAAAGCCAUCAGUUUCCGAAAAUUGUCGAGUAAUGAUUUCCAAAAUCCUCGUGAGAGCAAAUGAACGCCCUACGUUGGCAGAAAUGCAACGUGAACCGUGGUACAAAGCGCACAGCCAGAGCAAACAUCUCAGAGUUCAGGCAUGAGGAAAUAUGUGUGCGUAUGUGAACAGACAGUCGGCUAUAACUGGUAUUAAAGCAUGUGCAGAAAAACCUCAAAUCCGUGACAUUGAUUCACGCUGUAUCAAUGUCUUGAAUGUGUCUCCAUGUUACCAAUUUCAUCUAUUUAAAGUAGUAUUCUGUGGUGACGUGCCAAUCUCUGCAAUGAUUUUCACAAAUAUAGGCCCUACCUGUAAUGGAAUCAUAAACUAUCGGUCAAAUUGGUAUUUGUUUUGUAAUACAAAUGGUCAUAGCCUUUUUCUAAUGUUAUAAUAGGCCACGUAGAUUUGUUUUUGGUCUCCGAUCUUUUUAGCGUCUAUAAGCUUCUGAAACAUCCGCCUUAAUUCAAAAUAAUUUUUGGCGUCUAGCUAUAAUUAUUGGUUUAAGACUCGUACAAUUUAAAAAAAAAAAUAGAACCAUAAUUACUUUGGGAGGUUUUAAUUGUGAAAUAUGCUUCGAAUAUAUAUUUUUUAUUCCUGAAAAACCCCCACAACUAAUACAGUGAAAAUAAUUUUACUCGUGGUGGUCUAAUUUUAAAUCAUGGACUAACGAAUUUAAGAACUCAACGAAAAUAUGAUAUUAACGUUUUGAUCUACGAUUUUUAAUUUAAUUAAAAAAAAUUUGAUCCACGAAUUUAAAUAACCAACGAAAUAUGUAUUUUAGCAAAAGCACAAAAAUAUAGGAUUUCACUGUAACAUAUUUUAAAAUUUAAUUCUCCUUUGACCUUACAGCUUAGGCCGAAUGAUUGAUCAUACAUGCCCUUCGUUAUCUCGUCAUAAAUUAGUGUUAUUCAAAUCUGGUUGGCUCUGGUCACAGCUUGGUGUUAUCCAAUGAUUAUGCGAGUGACUUGAGACAUAAAAUAACUCCAAAGACAGAUUCUCUUUAAAGAAAUAUUAAAACAGCGUAACAGCGAACAACCUUGAAACAAAUAUAAUUUAAUAUUAAAAAGAUACUUUUAGUUUAAAAAUAAUUUAUGAUUUUCUUCUUCUACUUUUCAGUUUUUUUUUCUAAAAUUGUAAUAAUCUCAAAUGAGUAAAAUGGUCAACACAUAAACGACAGUCUCUGUAAUAGAGCAACCCUUCAGAUUAUUUCGGUUCAGUCUGACCUAUCUCUGUUAAGGAGUUCACUGAAAAGGCCACAUUUUGUUACCAUUUUCUGCUGGCUUAGACAGUAAAACCCCGUUUAUAAUGCUAACCUGUUUUUCAAUCUUUCAAGUAAGUAUGCGUUUCUUUGGUUUCACUUUGGUGUACUGUUCAAUAUCUGUUGUAAAUAAUUGUAAUUAGAGACGACAAUAAUAAUAAUAAUAAUUAUUAUUAUAAUAAUAAUAAUAAUUAUUAUUAUAAUAAUAAUAAUAAUAAUAAAAACAUAAUUAAAAAACA